AUGAUUCGCUGCAACGACUGGGUCCUCGGCAGCGGGGCCGGUGCAAUCAUGCUGGGGUACACGACCCUACUUGUAUACUAUGCCAUCUCAUCGCCCAGUAUUGCCGCACAGGCCCCUAUUGCAAACCACCUACAGGACGCUACCGUCCAGCGGAUCGAAGACAACAUCGAAAACUUUUUAAACGGCUCCAAGUCGCAGAUCUCGACCCUGGCAGAGCAGCUGGCAUACGAACUCAAGGGAAAGGACGCUUCGUGGUCGUCGUUAACGGGGGUCCAAGGAGAGCUCUGGGGGGCAGUGGCGCAGAACACAAAUAUCGGAAACACCAUCUUCCAGUCGACGAACAACCUUUCCACUUCAUUCUUUCGUAACAACACGAUCUAUGAGUACAGCCGAACCGCAGAGGACUCACCAGGGCUGCAGAUCUUUCAGUUGGACGCAUUUGGUCACAGAACGGACGCCCCUCCUUCCUUCGUGGCGUCACCCCCUCUUUCGCCGGCCGGCCAUAAGCUUAGUCUAAAAAGCUUAUCGGACGGUUCCCAGGCGCGCGGUGCACGUGGGUCUUAUCGGACGGUCACGCGCGGGAGGGCCGCCGAGAUGGACGCCAGAUGGAUGAACGGAAGUGCCGAGGUUGUAGGGACGCCGUUCGCCAGCAGAGCGACCAUCGUAGGGCUCUCCGGGAGCGAGAACGCGAGCUCCCGACAUGCGCUCGCCAGCAGGAGGGCCGCCGAGAUGAGCGCCAGAUGGGUGAACGGAAGUCACGAGGUAGUCGGGACGCCGUUCGCCAGCAGAGCGACCAUCGUAGGGCUCUCCAGGAGCGAGAACGCGAGCUCCUGA